GGCGGCGCAGAAGACCUGCCUGCGCCCGUGCCUCCGCCUGUGCGGAGCCGCCCGGGCCUCGCUCCGCCCGCCGCGGGCUGCCAGCGAGUGCUGCGGCUCUGCAGGCCGAGGAGAGCGCGGUGGUCGCCUGCACGCCCACCAGGGGCCAUGGCCGACCGCGGGUGCCCGCUCGAGACUGCGCCGCUGCCCGUCGAGGUGCGCGAGAGCCUGGCGGAGCUGGAGCUGGAGCUGUCGGAAGGUGACAUCACUCAAAAAGGGUAUGAGAAGAAAAGGGCCAAGCUCCUGGCUCGCUACAUUCCGCUCAUCCAAGGGAUAGACCCAUGUCUGCAAUCAGAGAGCAGAGUCCCUGGGCCCUCGCUGACCACUGCUGUACUCCAGCCACAGAGGUCUCGGCCCACCACCGCCAGGGAUGAACGUUUCCGCUCAGAUGUCCACACGGAGGCCGUGCAAGCAGCCCUGGCCAAGUACAAAGAGAGGAGGAUGCCGAUGCCCUCGAAGAGACGUUCCGUCCUGGCGCACUCCUCCGUGGACGCCUACACCCCCCCAGACACAUCGUCCGCUUCAGAAGAUGAGGGUUCUGUGCAUCGGCCUGGGCAGCUCAGCUCCACUGUGCUCCAGAGUCACCCCGGAGCAGAGCCCUGGCUCGACCGGGUCAUUCAGGGCUCCUCCACCUCAUCUUCCGCAUCCUCCACCUCAUCUCACCCGGGAGGCAGACCCGCCGCCGCGCUCUCAGACCUUGCAGCCCACGCCCACAUAGCAGAUCUGCACUCUGCCCCUCCUGACGUCACCACAGGCCUCGUGGACCGUCCGCACUGUGAACGUCCCCAGGUGGCUUCUGUGAGGGCUGCUCCUCGGGGGUACGGCGGGAGCAUCCUGGAAACAGCAGAUGGUGUCCCUGUGCACAGCAGAGUGUCCUCCAAGAUCCAGCAGCUUCUGAACACCCUGAAGAGGCCCAAGCGCCCUCCCCUGAAGGAGUUCUUCGUGGACGAUUUUGAGGAGCUUUUGGAAGUUCAGCAGCCAGAUCCCAAUCAGCCGAAGCCCGAGGGAGAGGAGGUGGAGGUGCUGAGAGGGGAGCCCCUGGCCACAGGGGUGCCCUGGCCACCGUCUCUGCUAGCUGCCCUUCAGCGAUGGGGCACAGUGCAGCCCAAGGCUCCCUGCCUGACUGCCCUGGACACAGCGGGGAAGGCCAUCUACACCCUCACCUAUGGCAAACUUUGGAGUCGGAGUUUAAAAUUAGCUUAUACUCUACUUAAUAAACUGACUAGUAAGAAUGAACCACUACUUAAACCUGGAGACAGAGUGGCGCUCGUGUUUCCCAACAGUGACCCCGUGAUGUUCAUGGUCGCGUUUUAUGGGUGUCUCCUGGCAGAGCUGGUUCCGGUCCCCAUAGAAGUGCCAUUGACAAGAAAGGAUGCAGGCAGCCAGCAGGUUGGGUUUCUGCUGGGCAGCUGUGGUGUCACCCUGGCCCUAACUACAGAUGCGUGUCAGAAGGGCCUGCCCAAGUCACAGACGGGAGAGGUGGUGACCUUCAAAGGCUGGCCCCCCCUCGCCUGGCUGGUGAUCGACGGGAAGCAUUUGGCCAAACCCCCCAAGGACUGGCUCCCUCUGGCUCAGGACACCGGGGCUGGGACUGCCUACAUCGAGUAUAAGACCAGCAAAGAAGGCAGCACCGUGGGGGUGACGGUGUCCCACACGUCCCUGCUGGCACAGUGCCGGGCUCUGACCCAGGCCUGCGGGUACUCAGAAGCUGAAACGCUAACAAACGUGCUGGACUUCAAGAGGGAUGCUGGUCUGUGGCACGGCGUGUUGACGAGCGUCAUGAACAGGAUGCAUGUGGUCAGCAUCCCGUACGCGCUCAUGAAAGCCAACCCACUCUCCUGGAUCCAGAAAGUGUGCUCCUAUAAAGCCCGGGCUGCGCUGGUGAAGUCCCGCGACAUGCACUGGUCUCUGCUGGCUCAGCGAGGGCAGAGGGAUGUCAGCCUCAGCUCACUGCGGAUGCUGAUCGUGGCCGACGGGGCCAACCCAUGGUCCAUAUCCUCCUGCGAUGCCUUCCUCAACGUCUUCCAGUCCCGAGGCUUGAGGCCAGAGGCCAUCUGCCCCUGUGCCAGUUCUCCUGAGGCCCUGACGGUCGCCAUCCGCAGGCCGCCUGACCUGGGGGGACCUCCUCCAAGGAAAGCUGUGCUGUCCAUGCAUGGCCUGAGCUACGGCGUGGUCAGAGUUGACACUGAGGAGAAGCUGUCUGUCCUCACUGUCCAGGACGUGGGCCAGGUGAUGCCUGGAGCUAGUGUGUGUGUUGUGAAGGUUGAAGGUACCCCGUAUCUUUGCAAGACUGAUGAAGUUGGAGAGAUCUGUGUUAGUUCCAGUGCAACUGGAACAGCAUACUACGGAUUACCUGGAAUCACAAAAAGUGUGUUUGAGACUGUCCCUGUCACAGUAGGAGGAGCCCCUGUCUCUGAGAGGCCUUUCACCAGGACAGGCCUGCUGGGCUUCAUUGGGCCUGACAACCUGGUCUUCGUCGUGGGCAAGCUCGACGGGCUGAUGGUCGUGGGAGUCCGCCGACACAACGCAGAUGACGUCGUGGCCACCGCUCUGGCCGUGGAGCCCAUGAAGUUUGUCUACAGAGGCAGGAUUGCUGUGUUCUCUGUGACUGUGCUGCAUGAUGACCGGAUUGUCCUGGUGGCUGAGCAGCGGCCCGACGCCUCUGAGGAGGACAGCUUCCAGUGGAUGAGCCGCGUGCUGCAGGCCAUCGACAGCAUCCACCAGGUGGGCGUGUACUGUCUGGCGCUGGUCCCUGCUAACACCCUGCCCAAGGCUCCCCUCGGGGGGAUCCACAUCUCCGAAACCAGACAGCGCUUCUUGGGAGGAACCCUGCACCCCUGCAACGUGCUGAUGUGCCCUCACACCUGCGUGACCAACCUUCCCAGACCCCGUCAGAAGCAGCCAGAGGUUGGACCUGCAUCCAUGAUUGUGGGGAACCUGGUGGCUGGCAAGAGAAUCGCACAGGCCUCAGGGAGGGAGCUGGCCCACCUGGAGGACAGCGACCAGGCGCGCAAGUUCCUGUUCCUGGCUGACGUGCUUCAGUGGCGAGCGCAUACCACUCCUGACCACCCGCUGUUUGUGCUGCUGAACGCCAAGGGCACGGUCACCAGUACUGCCACCUGUGUCCAGUUGCACAAGAGGGCUGAGAGGGUGGCUGCUGCUCUGCUGGAGAAGGGCAGGCUGGACGCUGGGGACCACGUGGCUUUGGUCUACCCCCCAGGGGUGGACCUCAUCGCCGCCUUCUAUGGUUGCCUGUACUGUGGCUGUGUGCCUGUUACUGUGCGGCCCCCACACCCCCAGAACCUCGGCACCACGCUGCCCACCGUCAAAAUGAUUGUGGAGGUCAGCAAGUCUGCGUGCGUGCUCACCACACAGGCCAUCACACGGCUGCUCAAGUCGAAGGAGGCAGCUGCUGCUGUGGACAUCAAGACCUGGCCAACCAUCCUGGACACUGAUGACAUACCAAAAAAGAAGGUGGCUAGCGUGUUCAGACCACCCUCCCCGGAUGUGCUGGCCUACUUGGACUUCAGCGUGUCCACCACAGGGAUAUUAGCAGGAGUAAAGAUGUCGCAUGCAGCCACAAGUGCCCUGUGCCGCUCCAUAAAACUGCAGUGCGAGCUCUACCCCUCUCGGCAGAUCGCCAUCUGCCUGGACCCCUACUGUGGCCUGGGCUUUGCCCUGUGGUGCCUGUGCAGUGUCUACUCCGGACACCAGUCAGUGCUCGUGCCUCCGCUGGAGCUGGAGAGCAACGUGUCCCUGUGGCUGUCAGCCGUCAGCCAGUACAAGGCCCGUGUCACCUUCUGCUCCUACUCUGUGAUGGAAAUGUGCACCAAGGGCCUGGGCGCACAGACAGGCGCACUCAGGAUGAAAGGGGUGAACCUGUCAUGUGUGCGCACAUGCAUGGUGGUGGCCGAGGAGCGGCCGCGGAUUGCCUUGACACAGUCCUUCUCCAAGCUGUUCAAGGACCUGGGCCUCCCUGCGCGUGCUGUGAGCACCACCUUUGGGUGCAGGGUCAACGUGGCCAUCUGCCUUCAGCCCAACAGGCUGGGAAAGCUGGCUGAGCAGGGCACAGCUGGCCCAGACCCCACGACCGUCUACGUGGACAUGCGAGCGCUGCGCCAUGACAGGGUACGCUUGGUGGAACGGGGUUCUCCGCACAGUCUGCCUUUGAUGGAGUCUGGAAAGAUCCUCCCAGGGGUGAAGGUCGUCAUCGCACACACUGAGACCAAAGGGCCCCUUGGAGAUUCGCACCUGGGCGAGAUCUGGGUGAGCAGCCCCCACAACGCCACUGGGUACUACACGGUCUACGGGGAGGAGGCACUUCACGUUGACCACUUCAGUGCCAGGCUGAGCUUUGGAGACACACAGACCGUCUGGGCCAGGACCGGCUACCUCGGCUUCCUUCGGAGAACAGAGCUCACAGAUGCCAGUGGAGAGCGACACGAUGCGCUGUAUGUUGUGGGGUCUCUGGACGAGACGCUGGAGCUGAGAGGCAUGCGGUACCAUCCCAUUGACAUCGAGACGUCUGUGAUCCGGGCACACAGGAGCAUUGCUGAGUGGCUCCUGGUUCUCAGCAGCAGCUGGGCUGAGGCGUGGUGCCCUGGAGGCACAUGGCCCACUGUGGCACAUGCUUGUUCUUUCGCUUCUUGGCACUUUGCCAAUGCCUUUUGUGUGACUGCCUGUCACAGUGCUGUAUUCACCUGGACCAACCUGCUGGUGGUGGUGGUGGAGCUGGAUGGGCUGGAGCAGGACGCGCUGGACCUGGUGGCCUUGGUGACCAAUGCAGUGCUGGAGGAGCACUUCCUGGUGGUGGGCGUGGUGGUCAUUGUGGACCCUGGUGUGAUCCCCAUCAACUCCCGGGGCGAGAAGCAGCGUAUGCACCUGCGGGACGGCUUCCUGGCAGACCAGCUGGACCCUGUCUAUGUGGCCUACAACAUGUGAGUGCCACCGCCAGAGCCUCAGUGCCCCGCUGUGCCCUGCUGUGCUCUGCGGGUGCCUGCACAGUCCCCAUCGCUCCAUCAGGAAGCACUUCCGGGACUCCCUGAGAAGUGCUGGGACCUGCCAGGGAUGGUCACAGACACAGAAGCCAGCAUUUACCUGGAGUGCCAGGCAGAGAGGGCGGCCCCUGCUGCACCGCAGGUUGGAACUUCUUAGGCCGCACGCAUGGUUCUUGAUUUGUAAAAUUCAGUUAUUUAUUCCCACCUAAAUGACAAGUGCAUAUCAAACCUAAUUUGGAGAGAACUCGGAGGCCACGUCACAGCGGCCUUCUGUCACCCGGGGCAGAGCCCAGCCUGGUCAGCCUGCUGGGUGGGAGCAUGUCCUGGCCUCCCGUGUGGAUGGCAGUGGGGCCACGCUGGGAGCCGCUUCUUCACAGUCUCGCUGUGGAGGUUGUCUGCACAUGUUGUCACUGAUGCUCAUGAGGCCACCUGAGACCUUCGGUCCACGUGCUGUCCCUGCCCUCCUGUGUCCAGUUCCUGAGUUCUCGUGCCUCCACAUGCUGCUUCUCAUGGGUGUGUGGAACUGACAUCCUUACUCCCGCAGACAGGGCAGGAGCCCAGGCCCGCCCAGGGGUCCCCAUUGUGCUGACCCACCCGCUGGCUGAGGAGGGCUGUUCCUGUGGGAGGGAGAGCUGUGACCCUCCUCGUCAGCGAGUGCGCUUUGAGUUCUGUGCCUACGGAAUUUGGCCAAAUCGUUUCCAGUGAUUUCAUUCAAACUUAACAAGGCUAGUGAUCUGUUACAUUGAACCUGAAUCAGUGAAGAGAAUGUAAGAUUCUUGAACUGUUUAGAGACUCGGAGCUGAACACUAAUCUGAGACAAAAAUUAUUUUUAUAGAGCUGAUGAAGAGGAUAUGACAGGUGGUUGGGUUUUAGGAUUCAAGAGUGGGAAGUUAUGGACUGUGUGUGCUUCACAGAAAUAACCAGGCUAUCCUGGAUAGUGCCUAUAGUUCCACAGCGUGUCUGGCCAGCCGGGUGGUGCUGGAUGGCAGCAUGGUAUGUGGGAACAGACCAGAUCCUGACAACACUGUUGUGACCACAUUCAGAGUUCAUGUAGCUCAUUGUUGGUCCCACAGAGGUCUUCGCAGUGGAUUCAUUCUUUACCAAGAAUGGCUGAGAAGGGACAGAACUACCUAACCCCAAUCUUAAUGUAGUUUUAUAGCAAACAAAAAUUAUAAACUUUUUGUAUUGAAAGGUCAGUGGCAGUAAGACAAGGUAUCUGGUAAAUUAAGAUUUUAAGAUGCACAUUAAAAUGUUUUAAAAUUGCUCUCUGGGAAUUCUGUAUACACACUAAAAUUUUUAUAUCAUUAUGUUAAUAAAAGCUAUUGACUAUUUGUAAUUCUGCAUUUUGAAAUGUGUGAAAGGUUUUAUAACUUAUCCUAAAUAGGAUAUAUGUUAUGAUGCAUUCUUUCAGAAUAUAAAAACAACUAUGCUUACAGCAUAAAAUC